AUGGAUAACCGAUUAGAGAGAAACGUGAACAAACUUAUAGAUCGAUACAAAAAAACGACAUAAUAGAUUGAUUAAAUUAUGCAAUAUGAACCAACUCCUCAGUAGCCUGCAACCUAUUAUACUGGAAGAUCUAGACCAAGUAGGAUUAAAGAUGAUGAUGAGGAUUCUUCGAAAGAAAGACGUAGAUAAAGCGGUUCUUUAGAGUAGAUUAGCAGAUUGCGAGAUACAUUGAAUGCAAAGGAGCUACAAGAAAAGGAAAAAUAUGAAAGGAUUAGAAUAUUAAACCAGGAAUUAAAAAUUACCUUAAAGGACUAUAUGAAUAUCAACAAAGAAUUAGAAAAUAAGUUAUAGAUUAAAGAAAAAUAAAUUAAAGCUUUAGAAUCUGAAAAUAGAUUAUUUCAAGAUCAAUUAAAUAGGGGCGACUACAUCACUAAAGAGGUUAAAGUUAAAGUGGACAGUCAAGAAAAAUAUCUAGAAGAAUUGUAAUAGCAAAAUCAUGUUCUUCGAUAAAAAUUGCAAGUUAAAAAAUAAAAAUUAGCCUCAUUGAGAGAUUAAUUGAAAUAAGGAGAAACAGUAUUUGAAUAGUAAGGAUAAAGUUUCGGUAAAGAACUUGAAAGAGUAUAAUAGUUAUGUGAAGAAUUUUCAAAUGAAAUAAAGAAUUAAGAAUAAUAAAAUAGAGGAUUGGAAGUAGAAUUAGAGCAAUCUAAAAAUGAUUUAGCCCAUAAAAUGAGCAGAUUAGAUAUUUUGAAUAAUUAUGACCAAUAACAAUAAAUUGAGGGUUUGAAUCAACAGCUAAAUUAUUUAAAAUCUUAAUUAGAUCAAGCUAAUGAAAAAUAAGAAGUCACUUAAGUUUAACUUGCAAAAGCUGAAAAAAAUUAAUAACGCUUAUUAUAAAAUUAAGAAGUAGAGAUUGAAAAAAGAUUAUCUCAGCAAAGCAAUCUUUUAGAAAAAAAAAAAUAAAAAAUUAUUGAAUAAAAGGCUUUAAUAGACAAUUUACAUACAAGAAUCUAAGACUUUUAAAGAUUAUUAGAAAAUGAAGAGAAAAAUAGUAUUGUGUAUUAGAAAGAUUUAAAACAAAUACAAGAUAUUAAUAGUGAAAUGAACACUUUAAUUGAAAAUUUAUAAGUUAAAUUAGUGAGUGCAGAAAAUAAAAUCUAAGAUUUAACGUAAGAGCUCUCUGAUCAAAAAUCUGUUUUACAAUAAAAAAAGUUAAAAGCUGAAGAGCUUGAACUUAUGACAAGAUAAGAUUUUCGAACUAUUGAAUAAUUUAAACAUUAAGUUCUAAGUUUAUAAGAAUAGUUAAGAAUGUUUUAAUAAUAAUGUAGAGAUCUAGAGAAUAUGUUACAAUUAAGAUAGCAUGAAAAUGAUUUAACUAUGGAUGAAAUUGAAAUUAAGAUUGAUCAUCUAGUAAAAUCAUUGUCUUCCUCUAAAGAAGAAAUCAUAUAAUUUAAAACAAGGGAAAAUGAAUAUAAGUAAAAAAUAAAGCAUUAAGAUGAGGAAAUAAUUAAAUUAACACAAAAAUCUUCUAAAUAUAAACAAUAAAUAGAAUAAAGUCAAUACACAGUAAAAUAAAUAGAAGAAAAAGUUAAGAUAUAUGAAAAUGAAAGAUCGGUUAAAUAAAAAUAAGAUUUUUAAAUUAAAUAAGAUCAAGUUACAACACAAAAUAAAUUAAGAGUCUUAGAUGAUAUUCAUUCUUUAGUAAAAAUGCAUAAAAGAAUUUGA